GAGAGGUGCUCAUUCGAUUUUUAGCGGCGUGCGAGCGAGCUGUGGAGUCGGUUAUCAACGUUUUAUAAGGCCAGGGAACCAGGAGAUAGCACCAAAAUGGCCAGCCCCGUGGAACUGCUCAGCCUCUCGAACCCCGUCUUCAAGAGUUUCACCUUCUGGGUCGGCGUGUUGGUCAUCAAAAUGCUGCUCAUGAGCCUCUUGACCGCCGUCCAGCGAUUCAAGACGAAGACCUUCGCCAACCCCGAGGACCUGAUGUCGCCCAAGCUGAAGGUCAAGUUCGACGACCCGAAUGUGGAGCGUGUGCGUCGUGCCCAUCGCAACGACCUGGAGAACAUCCUGCCCUUCUUUGCCAUCGGGCUGCUCUACGUGCUGACCAACCCGGCCGCCUUCCUGGCCAUCAACCUGUUCCGCGCCGUGGGCAUCGCCCGCAUCGUCCACACGCUCGUCUACGCCGUGGUCGUGGUGCCCCAGCCCUCCCGCGCCCUGGCCUUCUUCGUGGCCCUGGGCGCCACCGUCUACAUGGCCCUGCAGGUCGUCCUCUCGGCCGCCUUCUAGGCACACAGCUCUAGUCCUUGAUGCUGUUCCAACCCGUUUCCGAAAUAACUUCCUGCAUAUUAGAAUACACCGACCUCGGCUUCGGUGCUGUUGGAGGAUCACAGCCUGGGUGAAGACGGUUCUCCCUGCAGUCCACUGGAGGAGGGAAGGGAAUCCAAGCGAGCUUUUCCACGGAAAAGGGGGCAUUGCUUAGACCAAACUAAGAAAUACAAAAGUCACAUUGCAAAUAUGAAGAUUGAACCGUUUUACAUAAUAAAUUAAAAAAAUAUAAA